AACAAUUGUAAGAAGAGGGUUGUUAUUUUGGGACUUGUUGAAUGCCAGUGGGAAUAAUUUCACCUACUGUGUGGUGUUGUUGAGAACGAAUGUCCUGAAAAAGCUGGCUUUGAUAGAUUUGGAUACAAAUUUGUUCACAGUUGGUAGUGGAUGUAUACAGCGUUCAGCGUUCUGUAUAUAUGUACCAUAAACAGCUGAGCAACGUCAAAGUAUGAUGAAAGUCCUGUACAAGUUUUCAUAAAGCUGCUUGUUGUGGACUGUGUUUCACUUCUUUGGAUAAGUUUGUGUGGGCGAGGUGUCGUCAAAUGUUUUCCACGAGACUGAGAUGCACUUGUUCUGAGGGAGGAAGGGAAGUGUAGCGUGACCCUGACUGCAAGCAGCAAGAGACAGGAAAUAUGUCUCCAGCACUUUCCUGUAGCCAAACAGAAGUCCAAGUGAGCUAGACCCACUUCAACAACAUCUCAAACAGUGUUGGCCCGCCUAUAGAAAUAUACAGUUCAACAGUCGGGGAACAUAUAUAGUGCAGUAUUUCAUGGACGGAAUGGAUUUACCUCUGUUGAUUUCAAGGAAAUGAGGGGAGCAUCCUGCAAUAGUUACACAAGAUGACAUCUGUUGGAUCAAGAGGGUCAGAGGUCACACCGACAGCCCAUCUGUCUCCAUCGGCCCCUGUGACCUCAUCCCAGGUGCCAGCACAAAGCGAUGGACUAACAAAUGUCAGUCCCACUUCCUUUACGGAUGUCGCGUCGACCCAGGCUCAAUUUGCAGACCAGAAUGCAUCAAAGUUACAGUCUCCAUACAUCAGUAUUAGAGCAACAUCAUCAACCUCACAGGAUGAGAGUCUGUACAUAUCGAGGACAGGUUUGGAUAGCAAUGCUGUUCCUCCCUUAGCAGAUGUGAUUCCAACUGCCCAAAGCAUGCCACCAUCUUGGAUUCCUUCUUCUCCUCUGAACCCAAGCACAGCAUACUCAUCAGGGUUUUCAAGAAGUGUAUCCAUUACUCCCAGCCUCCCUUUCACAGCAACUCAGUCACAGACAGAUGUCACCAUUCCAUCGUAUUCCGAACAGUCUGCGACCUCCAUCAUGGCAUCAACAUCAGCGGAUGUCAUCGAUUCAAACAGCAACACCAUCCAAACGUCCAAGUCCACCCCUCUACAAGUGCCUUCCGCACCAAAAACAUAUACUAAUGUGCCUUCAGAUAAUGCUGUGAAAACCCAGCCAACGAAAGUUUUGAAAACAACAACAUGGUCACACAUGGCAACAGCAUCACCUGUGAUGGCCACCAGUUCCAUUGGUGCUGGGAUUUUCACAGGGGAGACAACUCCUGGACAUACUGGCGAAAACAAAACUGGAGCUAGGGAACCACCCCCAGGGAUGCCGAGGGAAACCAUUCUCAUCAUCCUCGUACCUGUCUGUGUAGUGGUCCUGCUUAUCUUGGCUAUCGUCUUGGUUACCUGCAUCCGACGCAGGAAGAGUGCGAAAAAGCAAACUGCAGCCCAGAAUCCAGACCUCUGGGUGAACACACGGGCGGAGAUAUCCUUGGUACCCCAGACACCCUCCGCCAUAGAGACGCCCACGGAGAUUGUCCCUGGAUUUAAGCCUGGAGACCGAGUGUAUCGGGUUAUAUAUGGCUUCACUGCGCAACUGGAAGGUCAGAUGACCAUCGCGGAGAAGGAGCUGGUGAAGGUCACUGAGAUGGCUGACAACGGAUGGUGGCGGGGUGUGUCACAGAGUGGGGAGAGAUCGGGCUGGUUCCCUGGGUGCUAUGUGGAGGAGACUAAGAAAGCUGGAGAUGGAGAAGAAGGGCCACAGACCAAGAGGUCCCGAGUCAGCUCCUUCAUGCUGAAGAAGCGGGAACGCAACCGGAAGAAGUCCGCAACAGCUGUGUCCCCCUAUUGCCAGUCCCCUGAUUAUCCCGUGCCCCCUCUGUAUGCUAGCACCUCAGCUCUGCCCAGCCUCAACUCAGCUGAUAUUAGAUGGUUUAAUGAUGGGAGGCUGUACCGAGCACUGUUUGCCUACCAGGGGUCCUCCAAGGGAGAGCUCUCCAUACAGGAAGGGGACAUCCUGCGAGCAUGGGAGAAGGACCGCAAUGGGUGGAUGCAUGGAAGGAAGGAAGCUGACAGGGAGGAAGGGUGGUUCCCAGCCGUCUAUGUUGACGAGAUUCCGUCUGACACGGCCUCCAUAUCAGGGGAGAGCACUCAUUCCUGUCCCAUCACCUAUGAUCAGCUGGCGCCUAACAAAACCAGGGCAUCGGAUCAGGAGUGGCUUGGAAUAGAACAUCGUGCCCUUCAUCCCUACCCCGGCUACUCUGAGACAGAUCUGACCUUCGACAUUGGCGACAUCGUCAUCAUCUAUGAGACGCUGGACAAUGGCUGGUGGUUGGGAAGUCGCGGGGAGGAGGUUGGAUGGCUGCCUGGGUCCUACCUCGAGAUAUUGGACACCAGCAGAGAUGACGACAGUAAAUCAGACGUGUCUAGCGUCCUUAGCUCAGCAGAAGACCGGAGUAGAAUGAUGGAGGAGGACAUAUCUGACAUCACCAGCAACAACAGCAUCAACUCCACCUUCAACUCAACCUUCGGUGAUCCGAAACCGAAGCCCGCUCGGAGAGCUCCACCCCCACCAAAACCAAAACCACUUAAACCGCUCAAAAUACCUGAUCGCCAACACAACCUCCAGACAACCUCCAGCUUCAAGAGUGAACUCCACAAUGUCCUGCUGAAUACUCAAGGAAAGGAUCAAGCCAAUCACAACAAUAAGAGACUCAGUCCAGGCUUGAUGGAAACACCUUCUAACCCCAGGCCUAAAAGACCAGCACCCGCUCCUCCUAAGCGUAAUAACAGUCAAAAGUCUCCUGUCACAAGUCAGCCAGGUUCUCCUAUGCAGGAACUGGUACCCACAACUGUUGCCACAUCCUCAGCAGCUCCUUCAGAGUCUAAGCUCAAACCAGGAGAGAAACCAGUUUUACCCAGAAGGUUUGCCAAGCCUAAAGUGAUCCGGAUACCCCGGCAGUCCUCACGACUUCAAAACCUGGCAAUAAACUCUCGACCAUCGACUCGUCCUGCUCCCCCAAGGCCACCACCUCCCAAGAUUAAUGUGCGUGGUAACACUGCUGGCAAAGUGCAAUCAUCUAACAGUAUUUCAGGAAAAUACCUCAAAAAGACAGAUACCGAUCUUAGUAGGUCCCCAUCUAAUUCUGUGAAUAUUACAAAGAGUGAGAACAGCCUUCAAACAGCUGGUAUCCAUCCAGGUGAUCAUACUCAGCACCUGACCCCAAGGAAGGUUCCACCUGUAGUGCUGCCUCCCAAGGCUAUGAGUCACGUGCGCAGCCCUUCAAUAGACAGGCCAGUAUCAUGCCCAGGAGAAAUGGUGCCAAACAAACCAGCACAAACUGUUCCGAAACCGAGUCCUCGAGAAAAAACACCAGAGAGAGCCCAACUGUCUGGUAGGAGCCCUCAUGAUCAGUCCCUAGUGCCAACCAUUAAUACUCGGCCAGAGGAAACUCCUAGUGCUAUGUCGGACUCCAGAUCUACUGCUAGUCCUACGGAGGAUGGAUAUUCUGUACCCUUCCCAGGCAGUCCUGUGUAUCAGGUGGAAACAGGGCCUUCCCUUUCACCCCCUGUUGUUGAUUCCCCACUUAUCCCAGUUUCACCCCCAGUACAAAGACCCAUGGAUGAUGCACCUAUAUACCAAGUGAUUAAUAAGGAGGCAAAGAAUAAAGCACCUGCUGUCCAGGCAGUGGAGGAAACAGUGGAAGAAGCUUCUUCUGUUCCAACUGUACCUGAGCAAGAUAAGGGUGGAGAGGCACCUGCUCACAUUGUAUCCACAGAUCCAGAGGACAAAGACUCAGAGGACAAAGACUUGGAUGCAGAUAAAGUUAUCAGUCCUCUUUCAUCUACAUCACCAACUGAUAAAUCAGAUCCUGGUACAGAUAAGGUUAUUGACAGUUCUGUUUUAAGUCCAGCCACAUAUGACUCCAAUCCUGGUUCAGAUAAGGUUAUUAUUGCCAGUCCUGUUUUAAGUCCACCCACAAAUAACUUGGAUCAUAAUAAUGACAUGGAUAAGGAUCCAAUCAACAGUCUCCUUGCCAAGAAACCUGCUCCUCAAAAACCGCAGAGAAUUCCCCCUCCGACACUUCCAAAACCCAAAAUAAUCAGCCCACCAACAGCGAUAGAUGUUCCCCCUGAAGGGGUGAGUGGUAGGGUGUCUCAUAUCAUCAAGGAGAUUGAUAAGUUUUCUUCUCACAAAGACAUGUCAGUUCCUCCACCAGUGGCAUCAGAUUCUUGUAGUCCUGAAGUGCAGACAAGACAGCAACAUCCAGAAACCUUAUCUGCGUCCGCUGUUGCCAGUGAUAGUGUGAAUGUGAGUCCUGUGUGUGAUGAAAGUGAUACAGGUCAAAGUGGAAGCAGCCUUGAAGAGGUUGCGGCCAAUCCAGAACCUGACCGUGAGGAACACCAGCAUGCUCAUGAUGGACAGAGUACAAAUAUUCCUGAGAUUGGUGGAGAGAAUUGUGAUACCCCUCUGACAAAUGGUGACAUGAGUGAUGAUUCUGAUGGUGAUUCUAACUCUGGUAAUAUCAUCUUGGGACAAGAUAUUGGUGAGAGUGAUGACCAAGAACUAGACACAAAAACAGGUGCUAAUGGAGAAGUUGAUGAUGUGGACUCAGCUGAGGACAAUCCUCUACAAUCGGUAGAUGCUGCUCCUGAACCAGACCUUGUCAGUGAUUUGUCAGAACCCUACAAUAGCCAGCUGGAGCUCAUACAACCCAUCAGUGGUGAUACAGAGCCUUCUGCUGACCACAUCGAGCCUUCUAAUGGUCUGCCAGAACCUCCACCUGCUCAAACGGAACCUCUGGAUAGUGAUCCGGAACUGUCUGAUGACUGUUCUUCUGAACCAUCAGCACCUUCUAAUGGUCUUCCAGAAGUUCCAAAUGGUCAGUCAGAGGACUCCCCUGAAGAGUCUGUGAAUACCAGCAUGGAUGAUCAGCCUCCAGUGCCAGUGCCAGAAAAACCAACCCCUCCUGUUAAGAAGCCACGUUCACCCAGGAAGGAACGGUCUCCAGUUCCUCCUGCAAGACCACCGCCUCCCAAAUCCCCACCAUCCAAAACCCAGAGGCUGGUGAACCUAGAUGGAGAGGGUGCCAAUAAGAAGAAGACCCUGCGAAGAGCAGUGAAGAGCCAUGUGCCUGAGGGCAAGGGGGAGCUAAGUUUUGAAGAAGGAAGUUUUAUCAAGGAAAUGAGCAAAGCCAUAGGUCGGCCAGGCUGGUGUAUUGGGAUGUUAGCAGAUGGUACAACCGGCCUGUACCCCCAGAGUCAUGUAGAGGAUGCCUCCCAUCGACAGUCCAUCGCGUAGACAGGUCUGAUGAACGGUCCAUCGUGUAGACAGGUCUGCUGAACGGUCCAUCGUGUAGACAUGUCUGCUGAACGGUCCAUCGCGGAACAGGUCUGCUGAACGGUCUAUGGUGUAGACAGGUCUGCUGAACGGUCCAUCGUGUAGACAGGUCUGCUGGACGGUCCAUCGUGUAGACAGGUCUGCUGGACGGUUCAUCGCUUAGACAGGUCUGCUGAACGGUCCAUCGCUUAGACAGGUCUGCUGAACGGUCCAUCGCGUAGACAGGUCUGCUGAACGGUCCAUCGCGUAGACAGGUCUGCUGAACGGUCCAUCGCGUAGACAGGUCUGCUGAACGGUCCAUCGCGUAGACAGGUCUGCUGAACGGUCCAUCGCGUAGACAGGUCUGCUGAACGGUCCAUCGCGUAGACAGGUGUGCUGAACGGUCCAUCACUAAGACAGGUCUGCUGAACGGUCCAUCGCGUAGACAGAUCUGCUGAACGGUCCAUCGUGUUGACAGGUCUGCUGAACGGUCCAUCGCUUAGACAGGUCUGCUGAACGGUCCAUCGCAUAGACAGGUCUGCUGAACGGUCCAUCGUGUAGACAGGUCUGCUGAACGGUCCAUCGUGUAGACAGGUCUGCUGAACGGUCCAUCGCUUAGACAGGUCUGCUGAACGGUCCAUCGCUUAGACAGGUCUGCUGAACGGUCCAUCGCGUAGACAGGUCUGCUGAACGGUCCAUCGUGUAGACAGGUCUGCUGAACGGUCCAUCGUGUAGACAGGUCUGCUGAACGGUCCAUCGUGUAGACAGGUCUGCUGAACGGUCCAUCGUGUAGACAGGUCUGCUGAACGGUCCAUCGCUUAGACAUGUCUGCUGAACGGUCCAUCGUGUAGACAGGUCUGCUGAACGGUCCAUCGUGUAGACAGGUCUGCUGAACGGUCCAUCGUGUAGACAGGUCUGCUGAACGGUCCAUCGUGUAGACAGGUCUGCUGAACGGUCCAUCGCUUAGACAGGUCUGCUGAACGGUCCAUCGCUUAGACAGGUCUGCUGAACGGUCCAUCGUGUAGACAGGUCUGCUGAACGGUCCAUCGUGUAAACAGGUGUACUAAAUGAUCCAUUGUGCAGACAGGUGUACUAAAUGGUUCAUCUUGUAGACAGGUGUACUUAAUGGUCCAUCAUAUAGACAGGUGUACUUAAUGGUCCAUCAUAUAGACAGGUUUGCUGAACGGUCCAUCGUGUAGAUGUGCGUACUGAAUGGCCCAUUGUGUGAACGUGUACUGAACGGUACAUCGUAUACACGUCUGCUGAUCGGUCCAUCGUAUAGACAGGUCUGCUGAACGGUCCAUCAUGUACAUGUUAGUACUAAAUGGUUCAUCGUGUAGACAGGUGUACUAAAUGGUUCAUCGUGUAGACAGGUGUACUAAAUGGUCCAUCAUAUAGACAGGUCUGCUGAACGGUCCAUCGUGUAGACGUGUGUACUGAAUGGCCCAUUGUGUGAACGUGUACUGAACGGUCCAUGGUAUACACGUCUGCUGUCAAAUCUUUCAGCUUGACUUUCACUGUACAAUUUAUCAUAACAUGGAACCCGAGACUCUACUGGAAGCAAUGUGUGACCUGAUAUAUACUCAUGUCUGUUCUAGAGUGGUAUCGCCGAGACUGAUGUUAGAAUACAUGUAUGUGUAUGACUGGUGCUGUAAAUGGAGGGUGUUAACAUUUAGCAUAUCCAGGUUCCUGGAAGAAAUACCGUAUUCACUAAAAUCAGCACACUGUGCGUUUUGAAAACUGACAAAGGGGGCACGUAAUAAAACCAUCCACAAGGUAAAUAUGUUUUCAGAAAUUGUGCGGUAGCGAGUUCAAAUGUGGAUGAACUAAAAUGUUUUCAAUAAUAAUUCUAAUGCUAUUAUAUGCCCCUUUUACACAACUGUUUUCUAUUACAUACACAAGAUGUCAGUGAAGAUCCGGGGUAGAAUAGGUCUUCAGCAACCCAUGCUAUGCUUGUCGUAAGAGGCGACUAUCAGGAUCGGGCGGUCAGGCUCGCUGACUUGGUUGAUGCAUGUCAUCAAUCCCAAUU